CUCCGCGGGGCCCUGGGGCGGCCGUGCCUCCGCUGAUACCGGGGCUGCCUCCUUACCGAGCGGCAGUGCUGGCAGCGGGGACGAGCGGAGCGGAGGGGCGGCUCUUCCUGCUGCCCCCGCCCCGGGGCACCGGCGGGUGAGGGGAGCGCGUUCCGCCCCGGCGCCGGCGAGCUCCGGCCGCCUUUCCUCCUCCGGCACGGCUCUGGCUGUCCUCCCCUCCUUCGGUACGGUUCUGGCUGUCCUUUCCUCCUCCGGCACGGUUCUGGCUGUGCUCCCCUCCCCUCCAGCCCGGCAAGCGGCUUUUCCCCCCGGGGCUUGGCGGAGUUUGCUCGGGGAAGGCUGGGAGCGAGGCACGGCCGGAUCAGAGGCUAAAAAUGGCACUUGGACACUCUGAAACCAAUGAGGCUCUGAGAAUUGCUGCUGAGCAGGAACAUGCCCUUGGUGGUGAUGGCACAUCAGGAUCCAGGAUGAUGGACCAAAGCUUGUCAGCUCUAAUCACAGAGUAUGGAAAACAGGUGGAGGAAAUGAGAGAGCAACUGCAGCUUUAUCAGGCACAAAUGGGUGGGAUGAAGAAAAAACUGGAAGAAGUAACCAAGGAAAAUGAAAGGCUGCAUGCAGAGUUGAAAGAGCCUCUUGAGAAGCAACUGGAGGCUCUUCCUUUUGUGCAUCUGGAAACUGAUAUUCCUGCAGGUGAAGGCACAGUGAGAACCCUUCAAGAGGAACUACGGCUGGCAAAGCAAGAGAGAGACCAAGCAGUUGAGCGCUGGCAGACGCUGUCACAGGAGCACGACCGGCUUCAGCAGCAGUACCAGGAGCGCCUGACCAGAACACACGUUCUCAUAGCUGAGAGGAAAAAGCAGAGUGAUCAACUGAGUAGCAUUCAGCAGCUGACUCGCCAGCUGCACACGACCAAUCAGCAAUUUCUGAAAACUGUGACAGAACAAGAUGUGGAACUAGAGCAGCUACGAAAACAACUGAGACAAGCCAAAAUAGAUGGGCAGGCAGCAAAUGCUAAGCUUGAAGAAAUGAUGGCAUUGAAAGAGAAGCUUCAGAGCCAAUUGGAGAGAAAGGAAGAAGACAGGAUGUCUGCCCAGGAGAGAGAAACAGCAUCUGACAAACGCUUGCAGCAAAUGCAGUCUAACAUAAAACAGUUGGAAAUAAGAUUGUGUGUGACUGUUCAAGAUGCUGAACGGCUGAGAACAGAAAAAGUAGCCCUGGAGGAACAGAUCAGAGAGCUUCAGGCCAAGUCUGCCAGUCUAGAAAGUGAGACAUAUGAUGCUGUUGCAAAAGUCCAAGAUUGCAUACAGCUCUUGGAAGAAGCUAACCUGCAAAAAAGUCAGGCACUCUUUGGGGAGAAACAAAAAGAGGAAGAGAUCAAAAAACUGCAGGAGGAGAUGUCUCAACUUGCAGAAAAUACUGCUGCAAGAAUUAGAAAAGAAGUAGACACUGCCAAGAGGCAAUGCAACAUGCAGGUUUCUCGGCUGACAGAAGAAGUUUCAGCUCUUCAGAUGGAAUGUGGAGAAAAACAAAGUCAACUUGAACGAGCCAUUAGAGAAAAGAGAGCAGUGGAAGAAGAACUUGAAAAGAUUUACAGGGAGCACAGAGAGCAUGAAUCUGACAGUAGGAAGCUGGAGCAGCUGCAUCAGAAGUAUUUACUUGCAGAAGCUGCCAAGGAUGACCUGCAGAGGAGUCUGCAGGUGACACAAAAUAAACUCAAACAGCUGGAAAUGAACUCUGAGGAAGAGAAAUCCCGCUGCCAGGAAGUUAUCUGUAAAUUGCAAAGCACUCUGGAUUCAGAAAGAGAAAAGAGUUCCUUUGUCAGUGAACAAAGACUAAAACUUCAGCAGGAGAAUGAACAAUUGCAAAAUGAAAUGGAGGGUUUGAGAAAACUGGCAGUAGAGGCUCAAAAAAAAGCUAAAAUAAAGAUAAGCACAAUGGAGCAUGAGCAUGCAGUGAAAGAACAUGGGUAUGAAGCUCGACUCAGGGAGAUGGAGGACACCAGUCACAAGUCCACCACAGAGCUCAGACGUCUCUUGGUAGCUCAGCAGAAAGCAACAAACAGGUGGAAAGAAGAAACAAAAAACCUCACUGAAACUGCAGAAGCCAGGAUCAGUAAGCUGAAAAGUGAGCUGCGUCAACAAAAACUCCGUAGCCAGGAGCUCAUUUCCCAGCUGGAAAUAGCAAAUGAGAAGGUAACUGAGGAUGAGACGUUGAUGACGGAGUAUCGGGAAUACAUCGACAGGCUUCAGAGGCGGCUGAGCCAGGCAGAACAGAGAGCAGCCACAGCAUCCCAGCAGGGCCCAGAAGCCUGAAUGUUCAGAUGUGAAUUCCAUCAGAGUAAUGAUUCUCUCUAUUUCUAACCUGUAGGCUGAGUGCUGCUUUCUGGCUUGUGCUUUCUCACUACUUUAUCCACCUUCACUGUAAAAUUGUAUCAGAUAUAGACUAGAGCUAGACUUGGAGGGAGCCUAAAAAUUACCCUUUUAUUGUGGUCACUUCAUGACUGUAAAUCUUAGCUUAUUCUGAAAUAAUAGUGAUUCAGUAAGAACCAUAAAAAAAUACAAAAUGAUGCUUGCACAAAUUUAAAACAUCUAUCCUGUAGGUGUCUUUUGAAGUGUAUUCCUGCUACCUACCAUCUUGUAUUCUCUGGGAAUUAAGACAGAUCUACAGAGUGCAUUGUAAAUUUUGCUGUUCAUCCCAAAUUCACACUGCCUGUGCUUGUUCUCUCUCCUUCAUGACACAUUCAGUAUGGAAGUUCUACUGUUGCUGUUACUUUGAUCCUACAAAGAAUUAUUAUGAAGCUAUCACCUGCUUGUGUUUCAUUACAGCUCAGCCUGAUAACUACACAGAAUAAAAAAGCUGCUUCCCUGAAAGAUCUGGAAACUAUUUAACACGUGUUUUUAAUCAUUCAUUUAUCAACUCCCAUUCAUGCUGGGAGUUAGGAGGUUGCUGGAGAAACUUCAUAUUGGAGCACUACAGUCAAAAGCACAGCAAGGCUUGUAGAACUUAAAUUCUGGUAAGAAAAGGAGUGGAUGAAGAUGCUGUCUCUGUAUGCACAAUAAAGACUGGAAGAAGUCUGCAAAAUGUUGUCAUUCAAGUCCUUUAAUGUAGCAAAUAAAAAAAUUUGGCACAGUGCUGUGGCACAUUCAGGGUUUUUUGGUCUUAAAUCCAGUGGCUCCAACUGUGACGAGAUUGUGUACAGGCAGUAGCUAACACUUGUGUUGAAAUUCAUCUUGGCUUUGCUGAUGUGCAGUCAGUAUAUUUCAUUUUUCAUUAUAGUGCUGGUAACUUGGGAACAAAUUGAAGAUCCUUUGUGAAUUAUAAUUAGACUCAUUACAGCAUGAGUGCCAGAGUUGCUCUUUUGUUUGUCAGUGUUUGAGCUGCACGAUGCCUCCGUUGCCUUCCAGUGUAAAGAAUUCAGUUUGGUUUGGUUUGAUGGCCCUAAGGUGCAGGAAAUAAUGAAAAUGCUGCUGAGGCUACUCAGCUCAUUCUUAGCUCUGUCAUCCUCCUGCAGUUGUGCUUUUUCUUCAUACUAUAUUAAUAAUUUCAUAAUUAUUUUACAAUUCCUUGCUUUUCUGUUGGUCUGCUCCAUUGGUUUGGACAUAUCUGGGAAAUUCCAUUCUUUUAUUUCAAUUUGCACAAAGGUAAAUCAUCCAGCCUUUAUAUCUUUUGAAGGAGUGGAUUUCAGUUGUACAGAUGCCAAGAUGUGGGAAUCCUCAUGUACAUGGGGUUUCUUUGAUAGUUGAGACAGAUCACAGCUAUCAUUCUACAAUUACAGCCAAACUCCAUUUUCUCUUGUAGCAUAUGUUACAAGCAUUAGAUAGGUGUUUGAGUGAUUUUAAAGUGCUCACAUCUUGGCCUUAACUGACAUAACUGCUUGUCCUUCCACUUAAAUGUGAAGAGUGCAGUUCUGGUUUCUAACCUCUCAUUCAGCUGCUGGCUAGUGCUUGAUGGAAAUGUCUCAUUUGUGCCGAUGGCAGUGGAUCUUCACCAUAUUUGCAUUUCAGAGGACAGAAGACUUUGUGCUGCCUCCUGAAAUCUUGGCUGUUCAGGUAGAGCCUGGAAGAUGGAUACACCCUCAGAAACAGUUCCUGCUUGCUGCAGGGAAAGCACUAGUUCCUACAGUGGUUGCUUUUUCUUCUUGAUAGAUGCCUGUAUCCACUGCAAUCUCUGAAUCUCAAUUUUGGUUAAAAGAUGUGAAAGAUUCUCCAAAACAACAUGGAUACAUUUUUCAGAAGCUCCGAGUGUUUGUUUGGGUGAGAUUUUCAUCAAUCAGCAGAGUGAUAGAGAGGCAGGCAAGUACCAGGCACCUUGUUCCAUUUGCAUAAUGCACAGCUGAGAUGAUGACAGGCCACCUGGAAAAUUUUGUGUGAGCCAUUAAUCCCCUUCACUCCUCAAAGGCAGGCUCUGACUGUGAAGUGAAACCUGGCUGGAAGGGGCAGGCACUUCUCAGGAUUUGGUAUUUGUUCCUGGAGGCUUCCCUGUCAAUUAUGGGUAUAUUCAUUUCACCCUGGGGUGCAGCUCUUACCUGGUGGCUGUCUGCCAGAACAGCAACUGCAGGGAUGACACAAAGGAAGGGGCAUGAGAGCAAUUCCAGCAGCUGACACAGGAAAGGAAAAGGUUUCUGUCCUGGACACAAAGAGGAAUGUGGUGACAUGGAGUUCAUCAUACACCCAGCACCUCCUUCAUUUCCCUGAGGUGGCUAGAGGAGGCUGCUCCCAAAUUGGGAGGUCUGUUUUUUUCAAGAUAGAUUGCCCAGCGUGUCCUUUCACAGCCUUGCCUUGCCUUUUCUUGCUUGGCACCAAGUCCAUUCCGUAUUUCUGCAUCUGGAGUUUAGAGGAUUCUUCAUCUCCUGGAAAUCCUGCUGUACAAGAUGUUCCCUCAGUAAUGCAUGACUCCAGCCAGUUCAGAGUGUGAAAGAACUUUCAGCCUGAUUAUCCCAAAGAUCCACAGCUUCAAACCUCAGGUUCCUUUUCCAGUGGAACAAGUACAGAGAUCAUGGACUGUGCAAGGACAUCCUCUGUCUACAUGGAAAACAUGGAAAUGUUUUGAGGUAAGGAACAUCUCUGUGAGGAUGCCAAGGGGAUAACCACAGUGUGCUGCUGAUGGGAUGGGCACAGUCAUAACAAGCAGUCCUUAAAAAAAACCUUAAAAACCUUAAAACUUUACAACAUCUUGCAGCUGCAGUGUGCAUGGUGAUACCUGUACUAAUAUAUCAAAGCUGUUCAGACUAUUGCAGUCAAGUGUUUUUGUAAGAACUCAAAUACAAUUACAGGGAGGUCUAAACCACUGCUGGCAAGGAUACUGCAAAAAUUUACAGCAUUUAUUCACAUACAGACAAAAGGCACAAUUCUACGGAAUAUUUUAACAAAAAAUACAGCUGUUUUAACUAGGUCUUUAGAAAUACUUCAAAAAAGGGAGAAAAUAAAUACAGGAUUGGGCCAUGUCAUAUAAAAUAGUCAUCUCUACAUAUACUUUUUUAUUUCUGUUUCUCUUCAUGCACCUUUUUUUUUUUCAUGAAUUUCAGCUGAACGGACACCAAAGCUAGGCACAUAGUGAAAAAUCUGUACAAGUUUUACAAAUGUCAUCACAAUUGUCUCAAACUUCUGAAAUCAAGAUUUGUACACAACAUGAACCCUUCAUUUAGAUCUGUGUGAGUUUAUAACCUAACAAAUGGCAUUCCAGGCAACUCUACAGACGUUCAACUAGCCUACGGUUGGACAGAACACACGGAUCAUAUCAAAGAUCUCUUGGUCAGUCAGCACAAGGAAAGGUCACACUUGGAAACAGAAAUCCAGCAAAUCCCAGUAAAACACAGGGGUGGGUUUGUCACUGCAGGACCUGCAGCACCUCCUGCUGAGGGCUAAGCACAGGGACAAAACUAACCUACAGAGCUGGUCGUACCACAGCCUUUUUGGUUUGGGGUCAGCUCCACUGGAAACCUCACAAAGCUUUCUGCCCUCAGUGCCAGGGGACAAAGCAGCUAAGGCAUUCACUCUGCACAACAUAAGUGUUCAUAAUAUAGUGCAAAUUAACAAGGUACCUCUGUCCAAGGGGUGUGAGGUCAAAGGUUUACUCAGAAUCCAAAUUUAGGGUAUUCCAUCUAUGGCUUGACAAUUCCUGUGUGGUCAUGAGCUUCUUUCUUACAGAAAAUACCAGUGCCUGUCUGGAGAAUGUUGCUGGAUGUUUUUUUACCUAGCUUUUACCUUUUCUCUGUCUGCUGUUUAUACUUUGAAGACAUCCCAAGAGUGGCUAUGUAA